GCUGCCUGCAGAGGUGGCAGCCAUCUGUUACUGGGCAUCAUGGCUGCCCUCAGACCUUUGGUGAAGCCCAAGAUCGUUAAAAAGAGGACCAAGAAGUUCAUCCGGCACCAGUCAGACCGAUAUGUCAAAAUUAAGCGCAACUGGCGGAAGCCGAGAGGCAUUGACAAUAGGGUGCGCAGAAGAUUCAAGGGCCAGAUCUUGAUGCCCAACAUUGGUUACGGGAGCAACAAGAAGACAAAGCACAUGUUGCCCAGUGGCUUCAGGAAGUUCCUAGUGCACAACGUCAAGGAGCUUGAAGUGCUGCUGAUGUGCAACAAAUCUUACUGUGCAGAGAUUGCUCACAAUGUCUCCUCCAAGAACCGCAAAGCUAUUGUGGAAAGAGCAGCCCAGCUGGCAAUCAGAGUCACCAAUCCCAACGCCAGGCUGCGCAGUGAAGAAAAUGAAUAGACAGCUUGUUGUGCACGUCAUAUUUGUGUUAAUAAAACCAUAAAACUACAAAAAAAAAA